AUGAAGCGAAAGAAAUGGUCACAACUAGAAGAACAAACCCUACUGUCGAAAUACUCCGAGCUUCUCCGUUCCGGCACAUUAACCAAACUCAAAACUCGCGAGAAAAAGUUCAAACCUAUCGCCGAUCAUCUCAACGCCGUUCACCACCUUCACGACUCCACCACCUUCCCUUUCAAAUGGUCCUGGCGCGACGUUUCCAUCAAAGUCCAGAACAUGCGUCAUCAGUACGUCGGGGUUAAGCACAAGAUCCGUAUCUCAUCUCAAUCUCAUCAGUUUAAUUGGAAUGACGGUGUUAAUCAUUGGGAGAAUUUUCUCAAUUAUAAACAAGUUUUCGGUGAUGUUCAGAUUGAUCGUAAACCUAAUUGUAAUAAUAAUGAUAAUAAUGAUGAUAAUUCUGCUUCUUGUGAUUUAGGGUUUGGAGUUGAUGAGUCUGAUGACGGUGAUGACGACGACGGUGGCGAUGAUGAUGAUGAUGAUGGGGAUGUUAGUGAAGAAGAAUUAAAGAGAUUGGGAUUGGGGGUUUUGAAAUUGAGGGAGGUUAUGGUGAAGAGGGAAGAGAAGAGGAGGGAGAGAGAGUUUUUGAAGGAGAAAGGAGAGUGGAAGAGGGAUGAAUUUGAGUUUAAGAGAAGGGAAUGUUGUUGUAGUGAGAGGGAAUUGGAGAUGGAGAUGGAGGAGAGGGAAUUGAGAUGGGGGAAAAAGGAGGUUGAGAAGAGGGUGAAGAGGUUGGAGAAGGAGCUUGAGGAGGAGAAGAGGAGGAGGAAGAAGGUGGAGGAGAAGAUGGAGGAAGAGGAGAUGGAGUGGAGGGAGAGGAUGGUGGCUAUGCAGAUCGAGCACGAGAAACAGAUGAUGCAGAUGCAUGCGGAGGCUUGUCAUAAUCAAAUGCAAGUUCUUGGAGUUAUGGCGAGAAUACUUUGUCAGUUCUUUGGUUCAGGAAAUGAUGGAUUGGGUGGUGCUGGAUUAGGGACGUUGCCUCCUCAGGUGUUGCAUCAUGGUGGUGGUUUAGAGAGUGUGAAACCUGAUGCCAGUUCGCCUUCGGAGUUUAUGUAG